UCAUAAUAAGCAGCUCACAAAAUCGUAUUUUGUCAGUUUUAUUUUUAUAAAUUUCUACACACUGUUCUAAAUAAAUUUCUAUAAAUAAACGCAGUUUGUAGUUUAUAACCAUUGACCAAUAUUUGUAACCAUAUUAUAGUGUUUAAUUCCUAUAAUAUAAUAUUAAUUCGGUACAUAAAUCAUAUCUGUUGUACCUAUAUAACUUAAUAUUAUAUUCAUAUGUUGAUGCACAAAUAAAAGUUUUCAAUGGCUGAUAAUCACAGCAGCGACGCUUUAACGGAGGCAGAAAGGUUAAGAGAGGAAGAAUUGGCUCGCGAAUUGGAGCACAGUGAUUCAAAUGAAGGGGAUUCUCAAGAUUUGUCCUUGGAAAUUGAAGAAAGUCUUCUCAAAGAUGAACCAGAAUAUGCCACAUUAACAAAUUAUGGAGAGAGCACUCAAACUAUUCAGACGCAAAAUAUUGAUACAUAUUCAGAUGAUUUAUUUAAACAAGAUAAGGAGGUGGAACUAGGUCCCAUAUACACAGAGCGUUCAGAUGAUAUUCUAAAUACAAGGACAGAUGCAUUUGUUGAUGAUAAUGACAAAUAUGAAUCAUACAUAAAUGAUUAUUCGUUUGAAACAAACCAGACCAUAGAAGAAAGUCAAAUUGACAAUAUUAUUGAUCAAAGCACUACAAGUGAAUUAAACAGAGACACUUCAAUGAAUAAUUUGAAUGAAUUUGAUCAGAAUGACUCAAAUGCUGACUACCAAACAACAGAUGAAAUGUUAAUGAGUGAAAGGGAAAGAGAAAAAAAGAGUAAGAAGGAAUUAGAAGAAGAAGAGAGGGAAAAGAUGCAAGUAUUAGUAUCAAACUUUACGGAAGAACAGUUAAACCGCUAUGAAAUGUACAGACGUGCAGCGUUCCCAAAAGCGGCUGUAAAGAGGUUGAUGCAAACAAUAACAGGCUGUUCAGUGGGACAGAAUGUUGUUAUAGCAAUGUCUGGUAUUGCUAAAGUAUUUGUUGGGGAGGUUGUUGAAGAAGCAUUGGAAGUCUUGGAAAGUUCUGGUGAAGCGGGACCUCUGCAGCCGAAACAUCUACGAGAGGCGUUGCGAAGGUUGAGGGUGCGAGGCGCCAUCCCUCCAAGAAAAGCUUUUAAACACAUGGUCAGACUGUAAAAUCUGACACAAUACUUUUUUUUUGUCCUGUAAAUAUUGUAUUUGUAAUUAAUCUAUUUUUAAAUUGAAUUAUUAAUAAUAAAGAAUCUAUCUCUUA